CACAGCUGUCUUUUCCGGCACCGGCGCCCCCUCCGCCAGUAGCCGACUCUCCGGCUCUCGGGGAUCACCCCCGAGCGGCUGCGUCCUCCGGUGGGCUUCAUAACCCAUUGGCGGCUUCCUCUGCCCGCUGUCGACCAUGGCUAAUGAGAACUCUCCUCUGCUGGCCUACCGGCUCCUGGGGGAGGAGGGGGUUUCCUUCCCUGCCAAUGGAGCCGGGGGUCCUGGAGGGGCGUCUGCCCGGAAGCUCUCCACCUUCCUGGGUGUGGUGGUACCCACGGUCCUGUCUAUGUUCAGUAUAGUUGUCUUCUUGAGGAUUGGGUUCGUCGUGGGCCAUGCUGGGCUGCUGCAGGCUUUGGCCAUGCUCCUGGUUGCCUACUUCAUCCUGGCACUCACCGUCCUCUCCGUCUGUGCCAUCGCUACCAAUGGAGCUGUGCGGGGGGGCGGAGCCUACUUCCUUAUCAGUCGAACCCUGGGGCCUGAGGUCGGGGGCAGCAUUGGCCUCAUGUUCUACCUGGCUAACGUCUGUGGCUGUGCUGUCUCCCUGCUGGGGCUGGUGGAAGCCAUGCUGGAUGUCUUCGGGGCUGAUGCCACAGGGUCCAGCGGGCUCCGCGUCCUACCCCAGGGCUACGGCUGGAACCUGCUCUAUGGCUCCUUGCUGCUGGGCCUUGUGGGCGGGGUCUGCACCCUGGGGGCCGGCCUCUACGCCCGUGCCUCCUUCCUCACCUUCCUGCUGGUCUCAGGUUCCCUGGCCUCUGUGCUGGUCAGCUUUGUGGCUGUGAGGCCCAGGGACAUCCCUUUGACCCCUAGGCCUGGCCCCAACGGCUCCUCCCUGCCGCCCCAGGUUGCCCACUUCACCGGCUUCAACAGCAGCACCCUGAAGGCCAAUUUGGGCGCUGGCUACGCCAAGGACUACACCACAGGGGCCACGAUGACCUUUGCUAGCGUCUUUGCCGUCCUUUUUAACGGCUGCACGGGCAUCAUGGCUGGGGCCAACAUGUCAGGGGAGCUUCAGGAUCCCAGCCGGGCCAUUCCUCUGGGCACGAUUGUUGCCGUCGCCUAUACUUUCUUCAUCUACAUCCUGCUUUUCUUCCUCUCCAGCUUCACCUGUGACAGGAUCCUGCUGCAGGAGGACUAUGGGUUCUUCCAAGCCAUCAGCCUGUGGCCCCCCCUGGUGCUGACCGGUAUCUAUGCCACAUCGCUCUCAGCCUCCAUGAGCUCCCUCAUCGGCGCCUCCCGCAUCCUCCACGCCCUGGCCCAGGACAACCUCUUCGGAGCGAUCCUGGCGCCAGCUAAGGUUGUAUCCCAAGGGGGGAACCCCUGGGGAGCCGUGCUGUAUUCUUGGGGCCUAGUGCAGCUGGUGCUCCUGGCUGGGACGCUGAACACGCUGGCCGCUGUGGUCACUGUCUUCUACUUGGUGGCCUAUGCUGCCGUGGACCUGUCCUGCCUGAGCCUCGAGUGGGCCUCGGCCCCCAACUUCCGCCCCACCUUCAACCUCUUCUCGUGGCACACCUGCUUGCUGGGGGUGGCCUCCUGCCUGCUCAUGAUGUUUCUCAUCAGCCCCGGGGCCGCUGGCGGCUCCCUGCUUCUCAUGGGCCUGCUUUCUGCCCUGCUCACUGCUCGAGGAGGCCCCAGCAGCUGGGGUUACGUCAGCCAGGCCCUGCUUUUCCAUCAGGUGCGGAAGUACCUGCUCCGGCUGGACGUCCGGAAGGACCACGUGAAGUUCUGGCGGCCGCAGCUGCUCCUGCUGGUGGGGAACCCCCGGGGCGCGCUGCCUCUGCUGCGGUUGGCCAACCAGCUCAAGAAAGGGGGCCUCUAUGUGCUGGGCCAUGUCACCCUGGGAGACCUCGACUCGCUGCCCUCGGACCCCGUGCAGCCGCAGUACGGGGCGUGGCUGAGCCUGGUGGACCGGGCCCAAGUGAAGGCCUUCGUGGACCUCACCCUCUCGCCCUCCGUGCGCCAGGGCGCUCAGCACCUGCUGCGGAUCUCGGGUCUUGGUGGCAUGAAGCCCAACACGCUGGUCCUGGGUUUCUACGACGAUGCCGCACCCCAGGACCACUUCCUGACGGACCCAGCUUUCUCUGAGCCUGCGGAUGGCACCCAGGAGGGCGGGUCCCCGGCUCUGACCACCCUGUUCCCUCCACCCCGGGCUCCAGGAAGCCCCCGGGCUCUCAGUCCCCAGGACUACGUGGCCACAGUGGCAGACGCCCUGAAGAUGAACAAGAAUGUGGUUCUGGCCCGGGCCUGUGGAGCCCUGCCCCCCGAGCGCCUAAGCCGGGGAUCUGGGGGCACCUCUCAGCUGCAUCACGUGGACGUGUGGCCCCUCAACCUGCUGCGGCCCCGGGGCGGGCCCGGCUACGUGGAUGUCUGCGGCCUCUUUCUGCUGCAGAUGGCAACCAUCUUGGGCAUGGUGCCUGCUUGGCACAGUGCCCGCCUGCGGAUCUUCUUGUGCCUGGGGCCUCGCGAGGCGCCAGGGGCAGCCGAGGGGCGGCUGCGGGCACUGCUGAGCCAGCUGAGGAUCCGGGCCCAGGUGCAGGAGGUGGUGUGGGGCGAGGGGUCUGCGUCGUCCCAGGAGCCGGAGGAGGAGGAGGAAGAAGGGGACUUCGUGAACGGCAGGCGGGGAGACGCCGAGGCAGAGGCCCUGGCACGCAGCGCCAACGCCCUGGUUCGGGCCCAGCAGGGGCGCGGCGGAGGAGGGGGGCCUGGUGGCCCUGAGGGUGGGGAAGGCGAGGAGGGGCCCGCCACCGCCCUGACCUUCCUGUACCUGCCUCGGCCACCUGCUGACCCUGCUCGCUACCCUCGCUACCUGGCGCUGCUGGAAGUUCUGAGCCACGACCUGGGCCCCACGCUGCUAAUUCAUGGCGUCACCCCUGUCACUUGCACUGAUCUCUGAUGCCCAUUCCAAGUGGAGAGUGUCCAGCUAAUCGUAAUCGGGUGGCCCACCUUGAUUACGGGGUGAGGAGGGGAAGG